AUGAAGUUUUCUGAGCACUUAUCGGCUCAUAUAACGCCCGAAUGGCGAAAGCAAUAUAUAGAAUACGAGGCUCUUAAAGGUGUUCUCUAUAAAGGCCUUGAUGAUUUUGAAACUCUUCCAGUUGUUGAUGCUAUCUCCGUCGCCAAACAUUUCGACAAAAGUGACGCUGUAUUUUUUGCAAUGUGUCAAGCCGAACUUGACAAGAUUAACAACUUUUUUGCAGAAAAGCUUGCCGAAGCUAAGAGAAAGUUUGCGGCACUUAGAGGUGAAUUUGACCGGCAUUUUUCUGAUCGCCAUCGUGCAACAUUUUCCUCCUUUUACAUAAGUAGCCCUGCUGUACAUAUUAAUGAUGAUGGUGGUGAUGAACAAGAUGGGGAUACGAGUUUAUAUCAGACAGCUGAAGGAACUCCUGAUUACAAGCAAAGCUCCGUCUCUCAGAUCGACGAUAUGGAUUUGUUACGCCGUCGAAGGAAUACAUUCCGGUUAAGAAAAAGCGAAAAGGGAACUGAAAGCAGUGCUCAACAAGUUGGUCAAAAUGAAGAUACACCACGGUUAAAAACUUACGAGCUAAAGCUUGCGCUUAGUGAAUUCUAUCUUAGUCUUGUAUUACUUCAGAACUAUCAGAGUCUGAAUUACACCGGCUUUCGAAAGAUUCUUAAAAAGCAUGAUAAGCUUUUCCAAAGGUCCAAUGGUCUGGAGUGGUAUGAUGAGGUCAUUUCAUAUGAACCUUUUCAUACAGAUGAUUCGGUCGAUUCCAUGAUUACCGAAGUCGAGGAUGCCUUCACAAAGUUGGAAGGAGGCGAUCGUCAGAAAGCCAUGAAACGUCUUCGUGUCCCUCCCUUAGCAGCUCAGCCUCACCGUCUUCAUUAG